AUGGAAUCUGGCUUCACCUCCAAGGACACUUAUCUGAGCCAUUUUAACCCUCAGGCUUAUCUAGAAAAAUAUUAUAACUUUGGGUCCAGACACUCUGCAGAAAAACAGAUUCUUAGGCAUCUUCUGAAAAAUCUUUUCAAGAUAUUUUGCCUAGAUGGUGUGAAGGGAGACCUCCUGAUCGACAUUGGCUCUGGCCCCACCAUCUAUCAGCUCCUCUCUGCUUGUGAAUCCUUCAAGGAGAUCAUUGCCACUGACUAUACUGAUCAGAACCUGCAGGAGCUGGAGAAGUGGCUGAAGAAGGAGCCAGGGGCCUUUGACUGGUCCCCAGUGGUGACCUAUGUGUGUGAGCUUGAAGGGAACAGAGUCAAGGGGCCAGAGAAGGAGGAGAAGUUGAGGCGGGCGAUCAAGCAGGUCCUGAAGUGUGACGUGACUCAGAGCUGGCCGCUGGGGGCUGUCCCACUGCCCCCGGCCGAUUGCCUGCUCAGCACGCUGUGCCUGGACGCCGCCUGCCCGGACCUCCCUGCCUAUCGCACGGCCCUCAGGAACCUCGGCAGCCUGCUGAAGCCGGGGGGCUUCCUGGUGCUCGUGGAUGCUCUGAAGAGCAGCUACUACAUGAUCGGCGAGCAGAGGUUCUCCAGCCUCUGCCUGGGCCGGGAGGCAGUGGAGGCUGCCGUGAGGGAGGCCGGCUACACCAUUGAACAGUUUGAAGUGAUUUCCCAAAGUUAUUCUUCCAACAUGGCCAACAAUGAAGGACUUUUCUGCCUGGUGGGGCGGAAACUGAGCACACCUGUAUGA